AUGCAUUGCAUUUUCAAAAAGACGAUAAAAAAAAUUAAAAGGAAUCAAAGAAUACAUGAAAAAGAAGCACCAGCACCUAUUCUAUUUCCAUUUAUUGGAAUUAUAGGUGUUUAUCAAAUCAAUCAAUUACAUUUAGCAUUUAGAUACUAUGUAAAGACCUAUGGAAAAGGUGCAAAAGUGGUUAGGGCAUUGAUAUUUGAUCAAUAUAGUAUCUUGAUUGCUAAUCCAAAGAUAUUAAAGGAGGUUUAUUCUUUAAAGAAUGCAGAGUAUUUUGAUGCAAGACCUUCUUCUACUCGACAUCUAUUACUUCAUGCUAGUGAGAAUUCAUUAAUAAUGUCAUAUGAUUCAAAGUGGAGAGACUCAAGAAAGCUAUUGUCUGCCUACUUUGCAAAGACAAAGAUUAAAAACUUUACUGCCAUUGGCUUACAAACUGCUCAAUUAAUAAGAAAAUUGAAUCAAUUUAAAAAUAUUCCUGUAACUAUCUAA